AUGGAUGCGCAGGGGUCGACACGAGUAGCGUAUAUCAGGAUCGAUAACCUUCCGCCGGGCAAAACAUGGCGACAGGUCAAAUAUUUCGUCGGAGGAAUAGUUCAUCACAGCAACAUUUUGCAGGUGAAAAUGCUGCCACCGGUGCAGUCCAUAGUGCCUCCGUUCAUGCCUUUCCAGAGCUGUAUAGUGUCGUUGAGGAGGUCCGACAGUCAAUUGAAUAAGCUGCUACUGGAGUUGAAUGGGUUUAGUUGGGAAUACUACCGUCUUGUCGCUUACGCAGUUCCGCCUCUCCAUAGCACGAACGGCGGCGUGGCAGGACCCGAGCAACCCUCCGCGAUGAUGAUGCGGAUGGCACCCAUGGGAAACAUGUAUUUCGGGCCUUUUCAGCAGGACAACCUGACCCUUCAGCUGCCCCAGCCGAGCAAGAGAAUAAAACAGGUUUUCAGCGAAGAGAGCUUCCGAAAGCAAAUGACCGCAAGAGGAAUGUGGCAGUUGCUCUUGGAAGGUUUUCCGCCUUAUUUGCAUUUCGAGAGCGAGACUUACGGCGGCGCACGAGCGGUGUCGCCGCAAGAUCCUCGGCAGCUCCCAGUCAUAGACGUCAAAACGUCGCAUCCGGAAAAAUAUGGGAAACUCAAGUGGACAGUCUUGAAAGAUUUCAUCAAACUUAAAUGUCACAAGCUGUUAGAGCUUGAGAGUGUAGGAGGAGCCGCGAAUACCAGGGAGUUUUAUGUGGGUGUUUACGAGGCUCAAGAAGUUUUGGCCAAAUUGCAUCCAGGAGACAGCGAAGGGGGCGCUGUGGCGGAAAAGAUAGGGCCAUCGAGCGAUCAAGAAACCGAUGGAGGAAAAGGGAUCUCUGCUCAGGCAGAACCGGGUCUGGAGACACUUGAAAAUGGGGACAGCGAGGAUGACCACAGCUUGGAUCCUUUAGUGAACAGUCUAGCGGGUCUGAAUGUAAAUACAAGCCCAAGUGAACUUCCCGCUACCAUAUACAAAGCAAUAGUUGGGUUUCAUUCACGGGAGCUUUGUGAUCUGUGUCGUAGCAGUCUCCAAGGCCAAGAAUAUUCACUGGGGUAUACGUUAAAUGUCAAGGAGUUACCCCCAUACGACUGGUGA